AUGGGUUUCGAGGACCUGAAGAUCUUCAAGAGCUGGGAGCAGGUGAAGCCUUACUUCACCAAUCCCAGCCUCAUCACCGUCGAGGCGCUCUUCAUCUUGUUGACGCUCUGCAACGUCUACGUGGUGCACACCCUGUUUGUGACUGUGCUGCCCGCGCCGGUUUUCAUCACCUGGUGGCAGCUGACCCAGGGUCUGGUUUCCGCCUACAUUCUCGGUGACUUCGGCCAGGUGUACCCCAAGAUGGCUUACUUCCCCAGUGUCAAGAUUGAGAUCGGCCUUCUCAAGACUCUCGUGCUGCCGACCAUUGCCUACGUGGCGAUGCUCUGCUCCACCAACAUCAUGCUCUGCAAGGCGCCUUCCACUGCCGCCUUCCCCAUCCUCGCCUCCGGCGCCGUCGCCGCGCACCACGCCGCGCGUUUCAUCGCAUGCGGAGAGGAGUACAUGCCUAUGAGGUGGAAGGCCAUCGGGUUCCUGGUGCUGGCCUUCGUCCUCGGCGCGACCGACAAGCACAUUGCGCCUGGUAACAUCAUGACAGUCGCCCUGCUCUACGCCUUCCUGGCCGCUGUCUUCCGCGCUGGGUUCAUGGAGCGUGCCCUGCACAUCGUUGGUGGCCGCGGAAAUGCGCUGCACAACCACCAGCACCUCCUCGGAGCUAUGAUCCUUCCCGUUGUCUGGAUCAUCAACGGCGAGCUCAAGGUGCUAAUCAACAACUUGCCCUGGGACAUCACCGCUGCUAAGACAUGGCAGGUGUGGGGCUGCUUCGUGGCGGUUGGCGCUCUGCCAUUCGUCAAGAACGUUGUGUCGAACAGGCUGAUCAGGCAGACUGGCCAGGCCCCGUGGCGUAUGCUGGAGCUCAUUGCCGUCGCGCUCCUGUUCAUCAUUGGCUCGUUCAAGCAGGCCCCAUCAUGGCAGGUGGUGUUGGCCACCAUGUUCGUCAUCAUCGGUCGUUUCCUGGGUGCCGUCGACGUCAUCAGGAACCUGCAGUACGCGAGGGAGCCCACUUCAUUGAGCCACCAGGCCUCCGAGCCCUUCCUGCAGAAAGACGAGGCAGCCCUCGUACAGGAGAUGGAGGCUUAA